AUGUAUAAAAACAUAUUUACGAUUUCAGGCAUCUGUUAUGUCGAUACUUGCAACUUGGAUGGUGAAAGUAAUCUGAAGCAGCGACAGGCUAUUCGUGCUAUGGGAAAGUUUCACAACCCUACGGUACCUUUGAACUUUUCCCCUGAUCAGUUCAAGUACAAGGUGUGUUGUGAGGAGCCCACUACGGACGUGUAUAAGUUCGAAGGUCGCUUGGAAACCAUGGAUGGCGGACCUCCCCUACCGCGAGAGUUCACAAUCCUUGCCAAGGAGAACGUUUUGCUUCGUGGAUGUGUGGUCAAAAAUACGGAUUUCGUCGAAGGAAUAGUACUGUAUGCAGGUCGUGACACCAAGGCCAUGCUUAACAACAAUGGACCCCGAUACAAGAGGUAG